CGCUCCCGGCCUGCCUUGCGCGGCGCAGCGCCGGAAAUGAGCGAGCACUUCCGGCUGCCCUUUCCGCGGUGCUGACUUCUCAGUGGUGUGGUGGUGCUCUGUGUUUUUGCCGUCAUGAAGGACGUAACCGGCUUUCUGCAGCAGAGCCAGAGCUCCGGGCCCGGCCAGGCCGCCGUGUGGCACCGCCUGGAGGAACUCUACACGAAGAAGCUGUGGCAUCAGCUGACUCUUCAGGUGCUUGACUUCGUGCAGGACCCAUGCUUUGCCCAAGGGGAUGGUCUCAUCAAGCUUUAUGAAAACUUCAUUAGUGAAUUUGAACACAGGGUGAACCCGUUGUCGCUGGUAGAGAUCAUCCUUCACGUGGUCAGACAGAUGACAGACCCUAACGUGGCUCUGACUUUUCUGGAGAAGACUCGAGAGAAGGUGAAGAGUAGCGACGAGGCGGUGAUCCUGUGUAAAACUGCGAUUGGAGCUCUGAAGUUAAACAUCGGGGACCUACAGGUUACCAAGGAAACGAUCGAGGACGUGGAAGAGAUGCUCAACAACCUGCCGGGGGUGACGUCGGUGCACAGCCGCUUCUACGACCUGUCCAGUAAAUACUACCAGACGGUCGGGAGCCACGCUUCCUACUACAAAGACGCCCUUCGGUUCCUGGGCUGUGUCGACAUCAAGGACCUGCCAGUGCCGGAGCAGCAGGAGAGGGCGUUCACGUUGGGCCUGGCGGGACUGCUCGGGGAGGGCGUGUUCAACUUUGGAGAGCUGCUCAUGCACCCUGUGCUGGAGUCCCUGAGGGGCACUGACCGGCAGUGGCUGAUCGACACCCUUUACGCCUUCAACAGCGGCAACGUAGAGCGAUUCCAGACUCUGAAGGCUGCCUGGGGCCAGCAGCCUGACCUAGCCGCCAACGAAGCGCAGCUUCUGAGGAAGAUCCAGCUCCUGUGUCUCAUGGAGAUGACUUUCACACGACCUGCCAAUCACAGACAACUCACUUUUGAAGAAAUUGCCAAAAGUGCUAAGAUCAGUGUGAACGAGGUGGAGCUGCUGGUGAUGAAGGCGCUCUCGGUGGGGCUGGUGAGGGGCAGCAUCGACGAGGUGGACAGGCGCGUCCACAUGACCUGGGUGCAGCCCCGCGUGCUGGACCUGCAGCAGAUCAAGGGGAUGAAGGACCGCCUGGAGGUGUGGUGCACGGACGUCAGGAGCAUGGAGAUGCUGGUGGAGCACCAGGCCCAUGACAUCCUCACCUAGCAGCCCCGGCCUGCUCUGCACGGAGUUGAGGGAGGGGCAGGGUUCUCCUGGGAGGAGGGACUUGUCUUGUUGGGAACAGCUGUCACUGGUGCGUGGGGGCCCAAGGGACGGGAAGGGGUGGCCCCGGCUGUACGGGGGCCCCCGCUCCAGUGUGACCAGCCACCCACCACCGUGUGGGCACCGCCCCCAGUGAACGCAAUAAAUGCCUCUGCUUGGUUUCCUUG